AAACUUGUCAAACAUGCCGUUGCUUUCUUUCUUUCGUUUCCAUGACCAGGAAUAUGAUAAAGCUUCCCCGUUCUGAGUUUCUCAAAUUACCAUCUUAUUUUUAUAACUAUACAUCCUUCGGGAAUAAACACGCAGAGACUGAAUUGUUGGGUUCCUUCGAUGAUUCGAAAGCGAGAUCAGUUGUAGAGAAUUUUCAUGCUAAAGCCAUCAAGAAUGGUUCUUCACAAAAGCUGGGUGUUAGCAACAACAUUUUAAGUCUGUACGUAAAAUCCAAAAAUUUGGAACAUGCACAAAGGAUGUUUGAUGAAAUUACUGGCAAAGAUGUCCGUUCAUGGACGAUUCUUAUUUCGGGUUUUGCUAGAAUUCGGUCACAUCGAUUGGCAUUAGAUCUCUUUAUCAAGAUGCAAGUUGAGGGUGUUUUACCUAACCAGUUCACCUUGUCAAGCGUCUUGAAGUGUUGUUCUUGGUUAAACGAGCUUCGAUUGGGCAAGGGAGUUCAUGGGUGGAUUUUACGCAAUGGGACUGACUUGGACGUGGCAUUGGAGAACUCUAUCCUUGAUCUUUACGUGAAAUGCUGUGUCUUUCAUUAUGUGGAAAAUGUUUUUGAGUUGAUGGUCGAGAAAGAUACUGUGUCGUGGAAUAUAAUGGUUGGUGCAUAUUUGCUGAAUGGAGAUAGGGAGAAGUCGCUUGAUUUGUUCUGGAGAUUGCCUUUCAAAGAUGUUUCAAGUUGGAAUACAGUCAUUGCUGGCCAAAUGCAAAAUGGAUUCGAAGAAACUGCAUUUGAGUUGCUCCAUCAGAUGGUAGCAAUUGGACCUGCAUUCAACAGGCACACAUUCUCUAUAGCGUUGGUAUUGGUUUCUUCAUUGUCGAUUUUGGAAGUAGGGAUGGAGAUUCAUGGCCGCGUACUAAGAGUUGGAAUAGACAAUGACAGGUUUAUCAGAGAUUCACUUAUCAAUAUGUACUGCAAGUGCGGGAAAAUGGAAAAGGCAUCAAUACUUUUCCAAAAAUUGGCCCAGGAUGUUGCAGGAAUGCAAGAUUCAAAAACCUUUUGUGACAAUUCAAUUAUGGCAACAGUCUCAUGGAAUUCUAUGGUUUCAAGUUAUGUUCAUAAUGGUAGGUGGGAAGAAGCUUUACAAAUUUUUCGCAAUAUGGUUUGUGAACAGAUUUCAGUGGACAAAUUCACCAUCACAAGCAUUGUUUCUGCAUGUGCAAUUGCUGGGGUUCUGGAGCUUGGUCGACAGAUCCAUGCCCACAUUCUGAAAAUUGGACACAAACUGGAUGCUAUCAUGGGUUCCUCACUAAUUGACAUGUACAGCAAAUGUGGAAGCUUGGAUGAUGCUCGAUUGAUCUUUAAGCAAACUAAUGAUCUGAAUGUUGUGCUAUGGACUUCAUUAAUAUCUAGUUGUGCUUUACAUGGGAAAGGGAGGGAGGCUGUUUGGCUUUUCGAAUCAAUGAUAGAUCAGGGGAUUAGACCAAAUGAGGUAAGUUUUGUUGGGGUUUUAACUGCAUGUAGCCAUGCAGGACUGCUGGAAGAAGGCCGCAGAUACUUUGAAUCGAUGGAGGAAGUUUAUGGAGUCAGGUGUGGAGUCGAACACUUCACUUGUAUGGUUGAUCUUUUCAGUCGAGCUGGCUGUUUUAAUGAGACAAAGGACUUUAUUUAUAAGAACAAUAUUUCCCAUCUGACCGCAGUUUGGACAGCAUUUUUAUCUUCCUGCCGAGUUCAUAAAAAUAUUGAGAUGGGAAAGUGGGUUUCUGAAAAGCUUCUUAAGCUAGAACCAUCAAAGCCUCAACCUUACUUAUUGUUAUCCAACAUUUGGGCAAUCAAUGAUAGAUGGGGUGAGGCAGGCAAUGUGAGGGCUUGGAUGCAUGAAAUUGGUGCUAGAAAACACCCUGGUUGGUCUUGGGUUCGAGUGAAGAAUCAAAUCCACACUUUUUUCAUGGGGGAUAGGUCCCAUCCAAAAGAGGCUGAAAUUUAUUCUUACCUGAACAAGCUAAUUGGGAGAGUAAACGAAAUUGGGUAUUCAGCUGAUGUGAAACAGGUAAUGCAGGAUGUAGAAGAAGAGCAAAAAGAAGAGCUGCUUGGUUUCCAUAGUGAGAAGUUGGCUAUUGCAUAUGCUGUUAUGUGUACAGCUACCAAAACCCCAAUUCAGAUCAUGAAAAACCUGCGAAUAUGUACUGACUGUCAUAAUUUUAUCAAGUAUAUUUCUCAACUUUUAGAGAGGGAAAUAGUUGUCAGGGAUAUCCAUCGGUUCCAUCAUUUUAAGGAUGGGCGCUGCUCUUGCGGGAACUACUGGUGAGCAAUGCCAGAUCAUGAGUUGUCCAUGAUUUUGCAGACAAGUCAACAGAUGCUCUGUGAGGCUCUGAAUUCAAUUGCCACAAUGAGAAAUGGUUUGCUGAGAAUUCAAUGGCUGUAGAAUUGCAACCAGGCUUUCAGUAGUCCAAUUAUGAGAGAACCCUCUUUGUAAAAUUCAGGUACUUUUCUAUAUGUUGUCACUCUUUAACAUUAUUCCUAGGGAUGAUUUAUUAUUUUGGUAGCUUGAGUUCAUCUUAGCAGAGAAAUUAGUUUGGUACAGUAAGGCAUUCAACCCCAAUUUAUGUCGACAUAGAAGGAAACAAGGUUUAUGCGCCAUUAUGAAAGGCUAGGCAUUCAAUCAGAAUUCAUGCUAACCUAGAAGGAAACUCUAAUAAGGUGAUAUUAUCUACUUUGUCUUUUUAUCUAAAAAUAAAUAGUUUUACCUUGUCCAAUUUCCAUUUCACAAUAUUUUGAUACCGAACGUUUGGAAUCCAUUUGUGGGUUUUAUUUCCAAUUAAUAUUACACGGUAGAGGAUAAAGAUGGGAAAGAACAAAGAUUUGUAUUGCUUGCAUUCCAUUUUAAUCUAUUGAAUUUCUUCUC